AUGAUAGAGCCGCUAUACUCUGCUGAUUCGGCUGUAAAGCCAGUAAACCCACAGGUUGGCUCUGCUGCCCAAUAUGAAGUAGAUCAAGCUGAAGUUGUCAUGAUGCCACGCAUCGCAGGCGAAGAAUUUGAUGAUUUAUCAUUAGAUGACGUUGAGGCGAGACUAUUACCAAGAGGAAUAUCUGUUGUUUCUGUAAAUCGACAUUGUGGUAGCCGUGCAAGCUUGACGAGCAGGAAAAGCGUUUUGGACUCCCUUCGAAAACAAUUUAGCCGGUCAGUUCUGUUUCUUAAUCCAAAUCUGCUUCCUAAGCACAUAUCAUAUUCAUCACGUUUGAUUUAA